AUGCUUAAACAUGUUGAUGAGAAAGAUUAGCUGUAAAAACAACACCUAAUUGUUAGCAAAAUCCUAUUGGUCGACAAAAUCCUAAUUUGGACACAAUUCUGCCUAGGGUUCGUGCCCUUCCACCUUUCCAUAUAAAAACUACAGAGCCAGAGCCUUCAAUUAUUUCCACGCAACCGAAGUUCGGAUUCAAGCUUGCCAAUUUCGCUCUCCAUUUGCUCCUCACUCUAUUUAUAGACAACCCACAAGAAAGAAAAGGCAAGCUCCACAGAUUGCGCAUUUCAUUUGGAAGGUACCCAGAUUGGUACAUUUAUUUUGGAAAUGGUAUUAUCUUUGUCAAAUUGGACUUUGUUGUGGCUUGAUUCUCCUUUUGCUGCAGCGGUCUCAUUCCUUUUAUCUACAUAGAAUCUUUGGUCCUAUUUUUUUGUCACUUUGUUGUGUGGCCUUGCAUACGCACGAAGCAUUAUAAAUGUUUCCAUAUUUUCUCCAAUUAUCUAUUAUAUUUUACUGCCCCUGGAUCCUUAUAUGCUGCUUUGCUAUUCUUAUUAUUGGAAUGGGGUUAAAUGCGCCCUCGGAUAAGGUUAAACUAGCCAAUUUUUUUUCCCUCUUUUGGACAGCAGUCUCGUUGUGACUUCAAGAAAUUCAUAUCUUGAAUAUUUGGAGCACCUUCAUAAUCCACAUGAUAAUCUUUCAGAAAAUUCUUUUUCCUGUCUCUAAUACUGCUGUUAAUGUUAUCAUUACCCCUUAAUAAAAGUCUUUCAAAUUGAAAACCUUUGAGUUUGUUCUCAUGAAUCCAUUUCAAUUGAGAAUCAUACACUGCAGCUCCUUUUGCCCAUUCUUUGUUUUCCUUCCUUUCAAUAUGUGUUUACUUCUUCCCAUGAAUUCUUCUGGCUUCUGUGCCUUCUUCACAGUUGCCUUGCAAGCUUAUUUAAUUAGAUACAUAAGAUGCCAAGGGCAAAAGCAAAUGCUUCAUCACUUGAUAAACCUGUUGAACCCGAAAAGCCAAUAGAGUCCGAUGAGAAGGUUGAUCUUGAUGGUGACAAUGACCCUGAGGAGGCAAUGGAUGAAGAGGUUGAGUAUGAAGAAGUAGAGGAAGAAAUAGAAGAAGAGGUGGAAGAAGAGGAGGAAGAAGAAGAAGUGGAGGAGGUGGAAGAAGAGGUGGAGGAUGAAGAUGAGAAGAAAUCCCAUUGCAGUGAUGAGGUGAUGUCUGAUGAUGAGGAUGAGAAGAAAAAGCAUGCUGAACUUCUUGCCCUUCCUCCACAUGGUUCAGAAGUUUAUAUUGGUGGCAUUCCUCAUGAUGCUUCUCAAGAGGAUUUAAAGGUUUUUUGUGAGGCUGUAGGAAAAGUUACAGAGGUUCGGAUUAUGAAGGGCAAAGAUUCGGGUGAGAAUAAGGGCUUUGCAUUUGUGACAUUCAAAAACGUGGAAAUGGCUUCUGAUGCCAUUGAGGAAUUGAAUAAUACUGAAUUUAAGGGUAAAAGAAUAAAGUGUUCGACAUCUAAAGCAAAGCACCGUUUGUUUAUUGGUAAUGUUCCAAGGAGCUGGGGAGAAGAAGAUCUGAGGAAAGUUGUGAAGAAGAUUGGUCCUGGAGUUACUGGUGUAGAACUGGUCAAGGAUAUGAAGAACACAAGUAAUAACCGAGGCUUUGCUUUUGUUGACUACUAUAACCACGCAUGUGCUGACUAUUCAAGGCAGAAAAUGGUGGACCCAAAAUUUAAGCUAGAUAACAAUGCUCCAACAGUGAGCUGGGCAGAUCCUAAAAAUGCCGAGUCAUCUGCUGCUUCUCAGGUGAAGGCAGUUUAUGUAAAGAAUUUACCCCAAAAUGUGACACAAGACCAGUUAAAGGAGCUAUUUGAACACCAUGGGAAAAUCACGAAAGUGGUUCUGCCAGCUGCAAAAUCUGGACAGGAACAGAGUAGAAUUGGUUUUGUACAUUUUGCAGAGAGGUCCGGUGCCAUGAAAGCAUUGAAGAACACUGAAAAUUAUGAACUUGAUGGCCAGCUGUUGGAGUGUUCUCUUGCAAGGCCACAGGCAGAUCAAAAGUCUGGUGGAUCAAACUCACAUAGGUCAGGGUUGCUUCCUAGUUAUCCACCUCGUUUUGUUUAUGGUAUGGCUGGGGGUGCCUAUGGUGCUCUUGGUGCAGGGUACGGUGCUGCAGGUUUUGCACAGCCUUUGAUUUCUGGACCUGGACCGGCUCCUGCAGGCAUGGGAAUGAUGCCAAUGCUUCUACCUGAUGGACGGAUUGGAUAUGUUCUGCAACAACCAGGUGCACAGCCACACCCCUCACCUUCACAUCAAAGAAGUAGUAGCAGGGGUGGUGGUGGGAGCGGAAGCAGUAGCAGAAGUAGUGGUGGUCCAAACAAGGGUAGGCACAGCAAUGAUACUGGGCACGGACGCAGGUAUAACCCGUAUUGAUUGUUUUUGCAAUGGUUAGAAUUUGGAGGGUCUGCAUUCCAUUGUGUACUUGUCACGUUCAAGAUUGUUAUAUAAAGUUGUAACAGCAGCAUCCUAUACGAAAGUGCGUUAUGGAUACUUCUUUUUUAUACAAAUACCUUAUGUGUUCAUCGUU